GUUUUGGAGCUGUUGUAAUUUGAACACAGGCACUGGGACUAUAACAUUUCUUUCUCUAUGGGUCAAGCAAUUCUUCUCCUGCUUUUAUUACAAUGCUUAUUACAGGUCUCAGAGUGCCUAGUCUGUGACCAAGUGAGAAAGCCUUCUAGAGCAGUUUUAUUGGAGUGGACAGAAUUUCCCAAAGGAGAACAUGCAGAAUAUUAUAUUGUAACCUACCAGCUCACAGAUGCUUUCAAUCAAAAAAAUAUAAAAAACAUUUCUGAAGUUGAGCAAAAGCCUAUCGGUACUACAGUUCUGCUGGAGGAAAGUAAGCAUUAUGACAUUACAAUAGAAUCCCUAAAAAAUGGACAAAUUCGGAGUGUAAAGACAUUUAAGACACGUGGAAUUUCAGAAAAUGACUUCAAAAUACUUGUGACAGCCACUACUGUGUCUUUUAAUUUGAGUACAAUGACCAAAGAAUUUGCAGUUUCAGUUUCAUUGAAUGAUUCUUCCCAGAUUAUACCAAAAAAUCAUGGAUUCUUUGUCUGGAAUGAUUUGACACCUGGAACCUUAUAUACAUUUGAGUUUACAUUUGACCAAUUACAUCUUGAAUUUAUUAAUGUGUCUCAGUCACUGGAAGUUCAAGCUGAAACAGGCACCUGCUCCAAAGGGUGGCUGGCAUUCCAAAGUAGCUGCUAUAGAAUGAGUAAGGAGAGCAAGCCAUGGAAGGUGGCACAACAGACAUGUGAAAAUUCUUCACAAGAGGCUCAUCUUCUUAACAUAGGGAGUGAAGAAGAACGUGGUUUUAUUUUAUCUUAUCUCCAGACAGUUAGCCACAUAGUCAUGUUAUGGACAGGUCUUAAUGACUUGAAGGAGGAAAGUCAGCUCUUGUGGACGGAUGGAUCUCAUUAUUCCCUAAAGGCUAACGUCUCAUCUUUGUCAAUGCUACCAGCAAAUGAAGCAGAUUGCUAUGCCCUUCAGAGAGAUCCCACUGGUCCUGACUAUUUCUUCAUGGGAUUUUUCUGCUUUAUACAGCUACCAUAUAUCUGUGAAUAUGAAUUACCUGUGAUGCCAGAAAACACCAUAUUCACUGUUUUUGAUGUCAAGACAACUGAAGUUGAAUUUAUAUGGAGUUAUAUGGAUAUCUGGCUUAAGUCAGGCUUUGCACUCAUAAUGAAGUACUAUUCUGAUCAUUUGAAACCACAAAGUCUGAGCUUGCCUGCAAAUACAACUCAAGCAAAAAUUGUUCAAUUGUGUCCUGGUCUUUGCUAUAGGUUUUUACUAGUGGCAAGGAACCCAGAAGGGGCACAGGCUGUCUUAAGUCCAAUUCUGAAGGUAGAAACAAGGCCAUUGCACUCCCCGAAGUUAGAGACUACGUAUGUUUCAUCUGCAGAAAUACAUUUGAAGUGGAAGCCUCCACAGCAUUCCUCCUGUGCUCAUUUUCAUUAUUACCUUAUUAACAUUUUGGAUAGUGAAACCAGUGUCUGGGAACAGUUGCCAGUUGAAAAAAACAAGACAUCAACAGUAAUGGGAAAUAGAAAACCUUAUCAUCAGUACCAGAUAUAUUUGCAGAAUGUAGCAGAGAAAGGAACUCAAAGCUGCCAUGAAAAGCCUAUAUUAAUAACGACAGCUGUCAGUCCACCUAUAGCUGUUUUUAUUCAGCCUGAGGAUGUGCAAGAAGAGAGUGUAAUCCUUCACUGGAAGCUGUCACAAGAGGGUCAGGAGUCCUAUAUCCAGGUGAAACCUAGUACAGACGUUGGUGAAACUAAAAAGUUUCUAGUAAACAAUACAGAAGAAUUUAAGAUUGAUCUUCUAAUUCCUGGAAUGACUUACGAAAUAGCAGUGGCAAGUGUGAAUAAUGGAAAUAUGAGUGAACUCAAGACCGUUCAAUGCACUUUAAAGCCCAAGCCUGUUCAAAUCGUAGUUCCUUAUAUGCUUUAUAGUAAUGCUGCGGUAUUAUUUGUUCGCAUGCCUGAUACUGGAGUAUUUGAUGGCAUAUAUGUUACAACGAAUGGCGGACCUAACGCAACAUUCAGUUUGAAAAGUGAUGGCAAAUUAACAGUUGAAAACCUUACUCCAGGAACAGAGUAUGAUUUCUGUGUCUUCACAAAAAGCAGAGAAAUGUUGAGCUCCUCUUACCGUGUAACCGGUGUAAAAACAUGUUUAGCAGCACCACUCAAUAUACGAGAAGGUAAUGUGACAGACACUUCAGUACAGAUUGCUUGGGACCGUGCAGAAGGAGAUUUUCAGCAAUAUGAAGUCACAUGUACAAACUGUGCAAGUGCUUUCAGGGUCCAGAAAGUCAAGCAAGAGACAGCAACAUUUUCCAACCUUGUUCCUGGUAAGCUGUACAGCUUUACAGUUCGAACAGAAAAGGAAGGUUUCAGAGAUAGUGUACUUGUUGCAAAGGAAACAGAGACAGUACCAAGUGCAGUUAAAUAUCUGAACUAUAGCAGAGACUCUGAAUCAAUAACUGUUACCUGGCCACCAGCCCAAAAUAAAUUUGACGGAUAUGUUCUUUCAAUAAAGAGCAAGAUCUUCAACAAAGAGAACAUGCUAUCUUCUGGUGUAAGAAUGUACAAAGCUGAGUGUCUUCUGCCAGGCACUGAUUUCUUAAUUAGUAUUGUCACAACCAGUGGACUAAAAAGAAGUCACCCCACCUUUCUCAAGAUUAGCACCUGUCCUGAUCCACCAUCAGACUUGCAGGUGCUUGGGCAGGAAGAAAAUACAGUGUAUUUGUCUUGGAAACUACCAAGAGGAGGAUUUGAUAAGUUUCAGCUUUCAUAUUGUCUGAUGAAUAAUGAAAAGCCAUUUACCAGAACUGUCUAUGAUAGCAGAACUGUAGUGAAAAAUCUGGCCCCUGGGAUGGAAUAUACAUUUCAAUUAAGGACAAUUAAAGGCUGGGAUUCCUCUGUGGCUGUGGAGAAAAAUGUCAUCACAAAACCAGCUGGGAUCUGCAAUUUGGCACUGAAAAUGGUAAAUACUUCCUCUGCGACUUUAAUGUGGAAUCCAACCAAGACUAACUUCACAUCUUAUAAAGCAUCUUUAUCAAACAGCACCUUUAUAAGCAAGUUUAUGAUUCCAGGAGCAGUAUCUAAAUUCAGUGUUACAAAUCUGACUGCUGGGGGUAUUUAUAAUUUCACACUGCAAAGACUGCAAGGCAAUAUUGAAGGAUCUCCUUCCUUCCUUGAAAUUGUAGCAGAACCUGCAAAACCAGAAGGACUUAAAUUCUUCAAUGUUUCAUCAAAUUCUUUUUCCCUGUAUUGGAGACUACCAUAUGGACAUGUAGACAGAUUUUGUGUGGAUCUCAUUCCUGACCAUGGAUCUGUUGUUAUCUCAGAUCUUGGAGUUAGGGAGUAUCAAGCUGACUUUUAUAACACUACACCUGGAACAACAUACAAUGUUACAGUUUCUACAGUUUCUUCUUCCACAUACAGUUCACCUGCCAGUAGAACAGUGACAACGAACGUCACAAAUCCUGGGCCCCCUGCAUUUCUUGCAGGUGAAAGAGUUGGCUCUGCUGGAAUUCUGCUGUCAUGGAAUACACCACAGCAUCCAAAUGGGAGAAUUCUGUCUUACAUUGUUAAAUAUAAAGAGGUCUGCCCAUGGAUGCAAACAGCUUACACACAGGUUACAUCAAAACCAGAUAGUCUGGAGGUUCUUCUUACCAAUCUUAACCCUGGAACAACUUACGAAAUUAAGGUUGCUGCUGAGAACAGUGCUGGUGUUGGAGUAUUUAGUGCUCCUUUUCUUUUCCAGACUGCAGAAAGUGCUCCAGGUAAAGUAGUGAAUCUCACAGUUGAAGCCUUAAAUUAUUCAGCUGUAAAUCUGAUCUGGUUUCUCCCUCGACAACCAAAUGGAAAGAUAACUAGUUUCAAGAUUAGUGUGAAACAUGCAAGAAGUGGAAUUGUAGUGAAAGAUGUCUUGGUUAAAGUAGAGGACCUUCUAUCUGGGAGGUUACCAGAGUGUAAUGAUAACAGCGAAUCAUUUCUGUGGAGUACUACCACUCCUUCAACUACUUUCGGCAAAUCCACAAUUCCUUCAAGUACUACAGUUACAGCAAGUACCGAAGCAUCUAGUCAAAUGAGCGCUGUUUGGAAUGAACCAAUUAGUUUUGUUAUAACUAACCUGAGGCCAUAUACCACCUAUCUUUUUGAAGUCUCUGCAGUUAACACUGAAGCAGGUUACAUUGACAGCACAAUUGUCCGAACACCGGAAUCAGUUCCAGAAGAUCCACCACAGAAUUUUGCCAAGGUCAACAUUACAUCAAAGUCUUUCUCAGUGAUGUGGGACCCACCAACCAUAGUAACGGGGAAAUUCAGUUACAGAGUUGAGCUGUACGGACCAUCUGGACAUAUUCUGGAUAACAGCACAAAAGAUCUUAAGUUCGUAUUUCAUAACCUUGUGCCAUUUACCAUGUAUGAUGUGUAUGUCGGUGCCGAGACAAGUGCUGGUGUGGGACCAAAGACAAACCUUACAGUUUUCACUCCUUCAGAUGUCCCAGGUGCUGUAUCAGAUUUACAUCUAGUAGAAGUGGAAGCUACAUAUAUAAAAAUUGUUUGGAGAAAGCCACAACAACCAAAUGGAAUCAUUACCCAGUACAGAGUUAAAGUGCAUGUACAAGAAAAAGAAGUUACACUGGAAAACAUUAUUCUCAUUGGAAAAAAUAAGCAUUUGAUUGAUUCUUUGGAACCAUACAUGAUAAAUGAAAACAUCGAACCUUCUCCCACCUGGAAUUCAAUAGAAACAGCCAAUGAAUUAUAUGAAGGUUCAGGUGAAAUGUUUUCUAGUAUUCAGACAGUUUCCCCAGUGAUACUUACAACUGUGUCUGAUGAUCAUUUGCCAGCUAUAAAUGGAGCUGCAGAAUUACAUUCUACUUUGGAUGAUCAGUAUGCCACUGACAUUUUGGGUGAAGAACUGUCAUACAUUAUAAAGGGCCUUGUACCUUUCACAGACUACACAAUCAGUGUGUCUGCUUUCACUGCUAUUGGAGAAGGGCCACCAUCUGUUCUCACAGUCAGGACACGUGAGCAAGUUCCAAGCUCAGUGCAAAGUAUAUCUUAUAAGAAUAUUAGUUCCUCCUCUGUUUUGCUGUACUGGGAUCCUCCAGCAAACCCCAAUGGGAAAAUCAUUCAUUAUACCGUUUAUGCAAUGGAGCUGGAUACAAAAAGAGCAUUCCACACAACGACUUCAAACAACAGCUUACUUAUGACAGGUUUAAAAAAAUACACCAACUAUAAAAUGAGAGUUGCAGCAUCUACUGUGAUUGGAGAAAGUGCUUUGUCUGAAGAGAAUGAUAUUUUUGUGAGAACCCCUGAAGAUGAACCAGACUCCCCACCCCAAAAUGUAGAGAUAAUAAAUGUAACUGCAACAGAGAUAAACUUGAAAUGGUUACCACCUGAGCAGCCUAAUGGUCUCAUUACUCACUAUGAAGUUCUGUACAGUGAUUCCAGUGAUUUAUUUGUGAGAAACACCUCAUCUACAAAUAUAUCACUUACUGAAAUGAUGCCAUAUACUCUCUACAACAUCUCUGUAAGGGCAUUCACUAGACUUGGCCAUGGGAACCAGUCGUCUUUCCCACUUCUGGUCAGAACUUCUGAAACUGUUCCCAAUUCUGCACCAGAAAACAUAACGUAUUGGAACAUCUCAUCCACGGAAAUUGAGCUGUCAUUUUUUCCACCAUCCAUUCCCAAUGGAAUCAUACAGACCUACACAAUAUAUCUCAAGAGGAUUAAUGGAACUGAGGAAAGAGUUAUAAACACCACUCAUCUGGUACUACGUAUUACAGAUUUGAAGAAAUAUACAGAAUAUAUGAUAGAAGUGUCUGCUAGUACCAUGUUGGGGGAGGGCCUUCGUAGUGCACCACUACAUAUACUGACUGAUGAGGAUGCUCCUAGUUCGCCUCCCGAAUCCCUCUCAGUAAAACAGUUGUCGGGUGUCACUGUGAAGUUGUCAUGGAAACCUCCACUGGAGCCAAAUGGAAUUAUCCUCUAUUACACAGUUUACGUCUGGAAUAAAACGUCAAAGAGGAGUGUUAAUGUAACAGAAACAUCACUGGAGUUCACAGAUCUGGAAAAUAACUCUGAGUAUAGUGCCUAUGUAGCAGCAAGUACAAGAUUUGGAGAUGGCAACAUAAAAAGUGAUACUAUAAUAUUCAGAACUUCUGAAGGAGCUCCCGGUGAUCCACCGAAAGAUAUUGUGUACAAAAACCUUACUUCCACAUCAAUAAUGCUAUUCUGGUCUCCUCCUCAAAAGCCUAACGGAAAUAUACGGUACUACUCCGUUUACUUCAGAAAUGAUUCAGGAAUAUUUAUACAGAACUUCACAAGUCAUGAUAAUGACAGCGAUGUCAAUAUGUCCCCAUCUGCAGUUUUGGAUGAUUUGGCCAAAUACAGCCAUUAUACUCUAUGGUUAACUGCAAGUACGGCUGUUGGAGAUGGAAACAAAACCAGUGAAAUAAUAGAUGUGUAUACAGAUCAGGAUAUCCCAGAUGGUCCUGUUGAAAAUCUGGUCUAUCAAAACAUUUCCUCAUCUUCUGUAAAUGUAAGCUGGCUUCCACCAUCCCAGCCAAAUGGUUUAGUCUUCUUUCAUGUUUCUCUAAGUUUAUUACAGCUGGGAACCAAUAAGAUAUUGUCUUUUCUUACUUACAACACAAGCAUCAUUUUUGACAAUCUGGAGAAAUACACUGAUUACAUUCUGAAAAUCACACCAGCUACUGAUAAAGGAUCUUCUGAACUGCAUGCUCUAAGUCUGCAUAUAAGAACUGAUGAAGAUGUCCCAGAAUCAGCACCUAUAAUCAAAACAUUUUCAAAUCUCUCAACUACCUCAGUUAUGCUUUCAUGGGAUCCUCCUGUUAAGCCAAGUGGUAUUAUAAUAAGUUAUGAUUUAAAUUUGUUUGGGUCGGAAAAGAAUAUUUCAUUCUCUACCACCAACAAUUUUAUCAUCUUGGAAGACCUUGUACCAUCCACAUUAUACAGUAUUUACACAGCUGCAAGAACAAUGAAAGGAUCUGGUCCAUCUUCUGUGCUUCAUUUCUACACGGAUGAGUCAGUGCCAUUAGCUCCACCCCAGAAUUUGACCAUUACCAACUACACUGCAGAUUCUGUGUGGCUAAAAUGGGAACCAAGUCCUCAGCCAAAUGGUGUUAUUACAAGAUAUAAUCUAAAGAUUUAUCAAAACGACACUGAAAAAAUAUUCUAUCAGAAUAUUUCAGGUUCCAACAAUGAGGCAAAGCUCGAUGGAUUAAAACCAUUCAGCACUUAUUUUAUCAGUGUCUCUGCAUUUACCAAACUUGGGAACGGCAAUCAGUUCAGUAAUGCUGUCCAGUUUACAACAAUGGAAUCAGUACCAGAUGUUGUCCAGAAUGUUCAUUGUAUUGCAACAAGUUGGGAAUCGAUCUUCAUGCAGUGGGAGCCUCCUGCUUCAUCCAAUGGUGUGAUUACCUAUUACAUUGUAACAGUUGAAGGAAGUUCUACAAAUUUUUCAUCUGAUACUACACUGCAUACUUUCCAAAAUCUGCUUUCAAAUAUUUCUUACCAGUUUAAAAUAAAAGCUGCAACAUCUGCUGGUGAUGGUGAAGAACAGAUAUGCAAUGCCAGUACACUUCCAGAAGAAGUUCCUAGUGCUCCCAGGGAUAUUGUUUUUUCCAACGUGCAAUCAACAAGUGUGACAUUGAAUUGGAGAUCACCGAAAUCGAUCCCUGGCUACUUUCAAAACUACAAGAUUACCACACAGCUACAAUCUAUCUACUGCAGUAAUUGGGAAACUAAGGAAUGUAUUGAAGAUGAGAUUCAUCAGUAUUUAUAUGAAAAAGGAGUCAAUGCCCAGAUAGAAGAGACGGUGUAUGGACUAAAAAAAUACAGAUGGUACAGAUUUGCAGUUGCUGCCAGUACAAAUGCUGGAUAUGGAAGUUCUUCUCCUUGGAUUUCUACACAAACACUUCCUGGCUCUCCAGAUGGUCCUCCAGAAAAUGUGACAGUGUUAGCUACAUCUCCUCACAGUAUCAAUAUCAGCUGGAGUGAACCUGUUGUCAUUACUGGCCCAAUGUGCUAUCUCAUAGACAUUACCUCAGUAGAUAAUGAAAAUUAUAAAGCCCAGUUUCUGAGGACGAAUGAUGAGGGUAAAAUCUUAGAAAUUUCUGAUUUAAAAGCAUUUACAAGGUAUUCUGUAGUAAUCAUUGCCUUUACGGGGGAUGUUAAUGCUGCAGCUAUUGAAGGCAAAGCUAGUUCUCCAGUAAUUGUCUCCACUUUUGAAGCAGUACCUGAAGACCCACCUAACAACGUAACAUUUCAGAAGAUACCCGAUGAGGUAACAAAGUUCCAAGUGACAUUUGUGCCGCCAUCUGAACCAAAUGGGAAUAUUCAGGUGUAUCAAGCUAUGGUGUACAAUGAAGAUGAUCCUGCUGCUAUCCGGAUCCACAACCUUAGUGUCAUUGAUAAAACAGAUCAGUCAGUCACUGCCAUGAUAGAAGGACUGAAAGGAGGACAUACCUAUAAUGUCAGCGUGUAUGCAAUUAAUGGUGCUGGUGCAGGACCAAAAAUUCAGUUGAAAAUAACCAUGGAUAUCAAAGAACCACCACGGCCUAAAAAGAAACCAGCACCUGUUUAUGAUACCAAUGGGGCCUUACUUGUCACAGCAACAACAAUUACAAUCAGAAUGCCAGUAUGUUAUUACAGCGAUGAUCAUGGACCUAUCAAGAAGAUACAAGUUCUUGUUGUGGAAGCUGGAGCUCAGCAUGAUGGAAACGUUACUAAGUGGCAUGAUGCAUACUUCAACAGACCAAGGCCAUAUUUUACAAAUGAAGGCUUUCCAAACCCACCAUGUAUAGAAGGAAAGGAAGAUCUGAGUGGUAAAGAAGAAAUAUAUGUUAUAGGUGCUGAUACUACAUGUAUGAUAUCAGGCAGUCAAGACAAAAUAUGUAAUGGCCCACUUAAACCAAGAAAGCAGUACCUAUUCAAGUUCAGAGCAACUAAUGUUAAAGGACAGUUUACAGAUUCUGACUAUUCUGACCCUGUCAAAACUUUAGGUGAAGGGCGGUCAGGAGGAUCUGUGGAAGUUAUCCUUGCAGUUACUUUGUGUAUACUUUCAGUUGUUCUUCUGGUGGCUGCGGUCUAUGCUUUUGCAAGAAUUAGGCAAAAGCAAAAAGAGGGAGGGACAUACUCCCCACGAGAUGCUGAAAUUAUUGACACUAAGUUCAAACUGGAUCAGUUGAUUACAGUGGCAGACCUGGAGCUGAAGGAUGAGAGAUUUACACGAUACUCUUCAUUUUUCUUUAGACGCAAGGAGAUAUUUGUCAUCCAGUUACUUAGUUAUAGAAAAUCUAUCAAGCCAAUAAGCAAGAAAUCCUUCCUACAACACGUUGAAGAGCUUUGUACAAACAACAACCUAAAGUUUCAGGAAGAAUUUUCGGAACUUCCUAAGUUUCUUGAAGACCUUGCUUCAACUGAUGCUGAUCUGCCUUGGAACAGGUCUAAGAACCGUUUCCCAAACAUUAAGCCAUAUAAUAACAACAGAGUAAAGCUGAUGCCUGAUGCUGGUAUUCCUGGAUCUGACUACAUUAAUGCCAGCUAUGUAUCUGGCUACUUAUGUCCAAAUGAAUUUAUUGCAACUCAGGGACCGUUACCAGGAACAGUGGGUGAUUUCUGGAGAAUGGUGUGGGAGACUAGAGCAAAAACUCUAGUGAUGCUUACACAGUGUUUUGAAAAAGGACGGAUAAGAUGCCAUCAGUACUGGCCAGAAGAUAAUAAACCAGUGACUGUGUUUGGGGAUAUAGUAAUUACUAAAUUGGUGGAAGAUAUUCAAAUAGACUGGACCAUCAGAGAUCUAAAAAUUGAAAGGCAUGGAGACUGCAUGAUGGUCAGGCAGUGUAACUUCACUUCAUGGCCAGAACACGGAGUCCCUGAAACUACUGCACCAAUUAUCCACUUUGUGAAACUUAUCCGUGCAAGUCGAGCACACGAUAAUACGCCGAUGGUGGUUCACUGCAGUGCUGGUGUUGGAAGAACAGGUGUUUAUAUUGCUCUUGACCAUUUAACGCAACAUAUAAAUGACCAUGAUUUUGUGGAUAUCUAUGGCCUUGUAGCUGAGCUAAGAAGUGAAAGAAUGUGCAUGGUGCAGAAUCUGGCACAGUACAUCUUUUUGCAUCAGUGUGUCCUGGAUCUGCUGACAAGCAGGGGAAGUAGCCAACCAAUAUGUUUUGUAAAUUAUUCAGCACUUCAAAAGAUGGACUCUCUGGAUGCCAUGGAAGGUGAUGUGGAGCUUGAAUGGGAAGAAACUACCAUGUAAAUACUAAGACUAAAUAUUAAAGAUGAGAUUUUGAAAGUCAAAGUCAUAUUUUUCUAAGCAAAAGGGCCAAAGCACACUCCCCUAUUUUGAUGAUUAAAACAGACACAAAUGAUUGAAACAGCUUUUCUUCUAUCAAUGUGCCUUCAUAAAUAUGUUAUUUUAUUCAGAUCACUGAGCAAUAAUGCUAUGAAGUACUUUUGCACAGACUGCACUUCUGCUGUUAUAUGAGUACUACAUUCAGUAUGUAUGUAUUUAAAUAGAAAGUGUUUGAACAUAUUUCUUUUUUCCAUUUAUCUUCAUAAAUGAGGAAAAAUGAGCCAAAUAAGAUGUAAAAAAAAUUGUAUUCCCAGUGAACUUAUUUUUGUGUGAAUUUGCUGUGUUCAUUGAAUUUUGGUUUUAAGUAAAAGCUACAGUUCCUUGAGUCAUCCUUGCUAGAUUGGUUUUAAUGUUGCUGUCAGUUCUUGCAGAUCAAUUCCAUUACCAUCACGGUGAUCUUUACCUAAAUGUACAUUCUUAUGUUUUGAAUCGUUUUUUAUGAGUGGUAACAUAUCAGCUGAUGAUCCUGAACAGCUGAAGAGUCACCUUCUGACAUGCGGAGGAUUAUUCAGCUUUUACACAGCACACAGUAGCUCUUCAGGGACACUUGGGGCUAUUUAAGACGACUUAUAGUCGGUGGAUUGGUUUUUUAAAUGUACAACAGUGUUUGCAAAUGUUCAAUGCAGAAGAAAGUAUUUUACAUUCCUCCUACUUUUAAAAGCAGAUAAUUAACAAAAAACAAAAACAAACAAAAAAACCAACAAAAAACAAAAAAAAAAAAACCAAACAACUAAAAAUCUAUUAUCUAUUGUAGUGCAUGUUAGAUUGACUCGAGUAAAUGAAUGUUUGUAAUUCAUUCACGUGUUUAGUAUGCAGUAUUUUAAAAGGAAACUCUAAAUUUAAUAUUUUUUAUAAUGCAGCACCAUCAAGAUAAAAAAAAAAUGCUCCCUUUUCAGGUUUGGUGAAUCACUGUAGAGAUGAAAAAGUACAGGAAGUAAUGUGAGGGGAUUUAAUGAAAAUCAUCUUCCACUGAUUGUUGUUAUCAGAGUGAGAUCUGAAACAGGAAUGAGAGAAGCAGGAACCGCUUACCUGAGAAGCAAACCAAAAGCCACUGAGUAUGAAGACUAUAGAGAGAAAUAAACUGUGCAUCCUGGUUUACAGGGAAGUAUUCAGCUGAUAUUAUUAGCUGGGGAGACUAGUGUCUCUUUUUUUUCUCUGUGUAAAUAAAUAUAUCAUUGGGAUAGGGCUGUGACCUUAAUCUAAGAUAGAAAACAUAAAAGCAAAGAGACUGGAAUUUCCAUUGUAUAUUCUGUUUGACAGAUAAAAUCCAUAGCCUUGUGGAGGCAUCAAAUGCAGGAAAAUUAGACAAACUUCUUUAGAAACUAGGAAAGUGUGUGCAAGUGAGUGUGUUUGUGUGCACACAACUGUAAAUGAAAGCUUUCCAUAUCUUUGACUGUACCUACCAGACAGAAAAUACUGUACAGCACGUAACCUGAUAUUUAUUCAUAAGUAAAUGGCAGAAGGUGUUUGAUGUCCUUUUAGAAUCUGGCAAGGAUGGUGCAGAUUAUAAAUCAGUGAGGACCCUUUCAGCAGAAAGUGCCAAAUACCUUAAAUGAAAAUCAAAAGGCAGUAUUUGAGGAGAUGAAAAUGGUCUACGGAGAUAUUUUGGGCGAUCUGUCUUUGAUGAAGACUGACCGUAUUGCAAACAUCACCUGUCAAGCUAAAAGGAAAACAAUGCCUUUUAAAGCUGGGUAGAGGGAGAGAGAGGUGAUGUCCACAGCUGUUCAAGUCUCUGGCAAAGCAUUCGGUACAGCUCUAGUUACAUUUGGUUCAUAUGAAACAUGUGUUCUUCAUUUAUUAUACACGUACUUUAAAGUAUUCUGACAAAUUACUUAUAGGGGCUUACAGAUGUUUUCCAUGAUUUGUAUUUGUACUUGGUAGCAGUACAUGUAGCACUGUGAUAAAUUGACAUUAUAAAGUCA